GCAGUGGACCGUAGGUAACGUGAACAUUUCCGGCCACCUAAAACCCUAUAUGGAGUACAAUCCAUAAGCCCCUUUAUCUCUCUCGCCUAACCGAGGCAUUCGAAACCCUUUCUCUCUCCGAGUCAUUGACGAGGUCUGCUCUACUAUUCCAUUUGAAGAUCCUAAUUACUUAGAUCUCCUUCCUCAGUCAUCAUCUUCUGGAAUUGGACUUUGUCGUGAUGGCGGCGGCAUCGAGAGGCCUCAUUUCUCGCAUCCGACUCCCCUCUCUCAUCACUCCACCACCAAUACCUUCACCCUACUAUUCCCUCUUCAAAACUUUCAGCACUUGUUUAUCUACAACAAUCGAUGAAUGCGAAGCAGCAGCAGCACAGCCUCGAAUCAUCCAAUCUCAACCUGGAGUGAUGACCCCCAAGUCAAGGAGAACCGGACUCAUCGCAGUCAAGUGUGGUAUGACCGCACUUUGGGAUAAAUGGGGAGCUAGGGUUCCCAUCACCGUUCUUUGGGUUGACGAUAACAUCGUAUCUCAGGUCAAGACCCCUGAAAAAGAAGGAAUCGUUGCACUCCAGAUUGGUUGCGGGCACAAGAAAGAAAAGCAUUUGACGAAACCAGAAGUGGGUCAUUUUAGAGCUCAUGGUGUUCCAAUGAAGAGGAAAUUGAGGGAAUUCCCCAUCACCGAAGACGCCCUCCUUCCUGUUGGUUUUUCCAUUAACGUCCGCCAUUUUGUUCCAGGCCAGUAUGUUGAUGUCACUGGCAUUACUAGAGGGAAAGGUUUUCAGGGUGGGAUGAAAAGACAUGGAAUGAAGGGAAAUUCUGCAUCUCACGGAGCAUCAUUAUCCCAUCGAGGUCUUGGUUCUACUGGUCAAGGGGGUGAUCCUGGGAAGGUACAUAAAGGCAAAAAGAUGCCUGGGCGCAUGGGUGGGAAGCAACGGACAGUUAAGAAUGUUUGGGUUUACAAAAUAGACCCGGCGAGGAACUUGAUGUGGGUGAAGGGCCAAGUUCCAGGAGCUGAGGGGAACUUUGUGUUUAUUAAAGAUGCUGUUUACAAAAAACCAGCUACUUCGCUGCUUCCAUUUCCCACAUAUUUUGCCCAAGAAGAUGAGGACGAAGCAGAGUUGGAACCUCUAGUUGCUGACCUUGGGGAUGUAGAUCCAUUUAUGGCAGCAAACUAAUCGCAAUUGGUUUUUGGAGUCCCCCAAAAGUUGGUUUCCCUUGUUAGGUCGACCUACCUUCCCUUCUCAUAUUAAUAUUUUCUUUUAUUUUGGUGAAUACAGGUAGAAUGGUGAGUUCGUGAUUGGUUAAACCAAUGAGUCAAGUUGUUUUGGUUUUAAGUUGUGGUAAGCUAAGGACUGCAAGUGCAGGGAAUGUGAUCCGAUCAUUGAGUCAUAUUUGGCUUCCAGAAUUGCAAAAUACUAAACAUGUCCUUUUCAAUAAUGUUGGAAUUCUUGUUUUAAAGAGAAGCAAAAAGUUAGAA